UACCGAAACCCGAAAUCUGCGCAAGUACGAAAUAUGAGUGCUAUUGACAGAUACCCAUAUUUCAAUGCGUAGCAACAUAAUAAAACGCGUAUCUUCUAGGUAGACACGAUGCCGCCCUGCCGCAGAGCUUUCGCGGCCGCAUGUGUCCUGACCCCUCUUCUCUAUAUCUAUUGGUGGAGAUUCACAAAACCUGGUUCACUAGGUGGUUUUGGAGGCAGGCUUCUCAUUGAAGAUAUAUUUAAUAGAACCUUAGGCUUUUCAGAAAUAUUCGUCAUCAAUCUCCCGUCUCGAACAGAUCGCCGAGAUGCAAUGGCCCUGGCGGGAGCCGUCAGCAACCUCACCUUCACCUGGAUCGACGGCGUGUCAAGCGAUCAAAUAGGACAUGAUAAUGCACCAGCUAAAAACGAAAUACGCUCUUCUGGCGCGAAAGGAUCUUGGAGAUCCCAUAUGAACGCACUGCAAGCCGUCGUCAAGAACGGUAUUGGAAGCGCUCUGAUUUUGGAGGACGAUAUCGACUGGGAUAUACGCCUGAAAUCACAACUCCAGAUUUUUGCGUCGGCUUCGAGAACUUGGUUAAGAGAAUCCAGGUCUGAAGAAAACCCGGUUAGGUUGCUCGAUUUUGUUCCAUUUUCACUUCAGAAAGAGGACGACGGGACAGCUAACAUGGAAUCUGGGAAGGACACGAUCCAACUGGAUCAUAAUAUGGGUGCUGAUGGCCUUGCUCAUAGAACUGCUUAUGGCGAUGGUUGGGACGUUCUGUGGCUUGGGCACUGUGGUACCGAUUUUCCCUCUGACAAGUCUCAGCUGUCCCCCCUGAGAAUUGCAAUACCGGGAGACGACACAGUCCCAGUUCCUAAACACCUCAAACCUCACCCAUUUGCUUCACGGGACAGGCUAGGCGAAAUAUACCCACCUCAUACACGUGUCGUGCAUGCGUCCAACGGAACCGUCUGUAGUCUUGCCUACGCAGUCAGCCAUAAAGGAGCCCGAAACUUGCUCUCGAAAUUUGAGUCUCACUACGAUACUCAAUGGGACUUGAUGCUGCAGAAAUGGUGUGAAGGGGGGUACACUAUUGGGGACAAGUCCAAACCUACACCAGAACCGGAUACCGAUGAUGAGGCUAUCUCUAUGAGCCGAGGGGUCCGACCUGUCUGUCUCACAGUACAACCACCCCUAUUCAGCCAUCAUUAUGCCAAGGGAGGUGCUUCGGACAUUCAAGGACAGGGUGGCGGUUAUGCGAGAGGAGCAGGGACCCCGUAUAUAAGACUAAGUGUACGGGAAAACUUGAGACGUCUGGUCGCCGGGGCAUCGACGGCCGAGAUGGUGGACCAAUUACCCGAUGACGGAAAGCCUAUUUGGAAUUAGAUACGAAGAUAAAGAGCACUGGUUAGAAAAGGCGGUGCCCCAAGUCUUUUCUAUAUUUUCUUUCAAAUGUAUCACCUUGGCUCUGGCCUGUCGAGGGGCCCCCUUUUCAUCCGGCGAAAACCCAUAUCGCAAUAUCGAACAUGCGGCAUGAUGGUGUCUGCUGACUCAAUGUGACUUAGCAUGGGUCGGCCUUUUGCGUCUAAGCGCUGAUAUUCCGUUUUGCAGCCGGGACCGGACAACGGUUUUCUCAAAUGGAGCUGUCGAAAACCCCGGAAGAUGUGCUCAUCCUACUCCGCAUGAUGCUGUACGUUAUACACGCAUACCCUUCCGCAUGUCUUUAAUUUAUAUCGCCGAAAUCAUUCAGAGAUGGCUACCCUUGGUUCCUUGCGAUGAUAAGUCCCAUAAGACCGAUCCGUUUACACCUUCAAGCAGUACCCCUGAUAACCGAUGUAAGCGAGAACUGCAUUCGGUAAGUGUUUAUCGCACUAAAAUACGGAGAUGACAAGUGCAAGGAACAGA